CAAUGACAUAAAAUCUCCGACUAACUUCGAUUUGUUUUGUUGCGGUAAAAUGGAAUAAAUGCUGAAAAAGCGUUAAAUUUAUUAAUAUUCGUGUUUUAACGUACAUUUUUAACAUAAACUUGAGGUUAUGAUCUUUCUCGUCAGUAAAAAUGAGUGAGGAAACUACAGAAGAACGACAAGACAACGAAUUUGCGGCUCUGCAGGCUAUUUACGGUGAAGCAGUUAUAGAUAACCGUGAGAAUAUAGCGUGGAAACUAUGGAGGCCGCUGGACUUGUUGCUGACGCUGCAUCCACUGCACAACUCGGACAUAAAAGGCGUUCACUGCUCUAUUACGCUGCACUUCAAGUGCUGUUCGUCAUAUCCUGACAAGCCUCCAAGUAUAGCGAUUCACAAAAUACAUGGACUAUCAACUGACAAUGCGAACCAUCUGCUUAAAGACCUGGAGGCUUUAGCAGCUGAGCGGUGUGGAGAAGUCAUGAUUUUUGAACUUGCCCAACAUGCCCAGCAAUUUCUGCACGACCACAACAAGCCAGUGUUGUCUUGCUACGAAGAAAUGCUGAAACAGAAGGAAGAGAUGGAAACUAUGAAGCUACAGGAUCUGGAGAUUAAAGAGAAUGAAGAGCGGCAAAAAAUAAAGAGUGAGAUUCAGAAAAGGCAAGAGAUGCUACGAGGCGCCCCCCGGCGGGUGCACCGGUCAAGCACGAGUCUCGACAACAGUACUGACGGACAAGGGGACGCUCCAGAACUAGUGUAUUAUGCUGAUAACAAGAUGUCUCCAGUCAGGCAAGUGAAGACCAGAACAGCUGCGGUAUGCACGUGCAACAAAGGCGCGCAGGUCCUCAGGAUAAUGCAGAGGAACAAUAAGAAAGUUUACAUUGGGAAUUGUUUAGGUCACUCUUCAAACGGCUCGACAACCUACCUAGCGAUAGAUGACGAAUCCGGCGAGCGUCUAAUCACAAAGAAAUGGUCGAUACCUCCCACCUCGGACUUCCAAACUCGAAACCGUCAGCUGACAUCGCUCCAGCAAGACCUAAAAGUGUUGUGCCGAUUAAAACACCCAUCCCUAGUCCCAUACGUAGCCAUGGAAACUGUCAAAGAAGCAAAACGGACCGCAAAGCAAUCGUAUUUCAUAUUCAGGGACUACGUUCUAGGGUGCUCGUUGAAAUUUUUGUUGAAUAAGUGUAAAAUCAGUGACCGUUAUGAAGGUUUAAAGUUGGUUAGGACAGUGGGGGUGGGUUUGUUUGGUGCGUUAAAGGAAUUGCAUAGUGUUAGUGUGGUGCAUAGAGACUUGCGGUGUGAGAAUGUGUUCGUGGACGAAUUCGGCGCGGUCAAGCUGGUUGGGGCGAGCUUGGAUGCGCGGCUCGCUGAAAUGCACGAGGGAGACAUCUAUUGUGACAGACAGUCCCAAUCGCAAGACAUCUUCGCGGCCGCGCACCUGCUCCUGUCUAUCAUUUGUCAAGAAGAUAACGCGUUUGAAGUGCCGCCCGACCUGCCAAGCUCGGCGAAGGACUUCUUCUCGAGAUGCUUCACAGAAGACGAGCAUACGCAAUGGUCAGCGGAGCAGAUGCUGAACCACUGCUUUUUGGUAGACGCACCGGCGAAGCAGAUCAUCAACCACAAGAAAGAUGAGAACGGGAGUGGCUCUGAGGACGACGAAGCAGUGAAAAAGAUUCACAACGUCAGUCCUGCCAUGAAUGGCCAUUCCCGGCUGACUGCCGAGUUCGAAGUCCUCACUUGGCUUGGGAAAGGUGCUUUUGGAGACGUGUUGAAGGUGAAAAACAAACUAGACGGCGGUUUCUACGCGAUCAAAAGGGUUAAGCUUAACCCCGAAAGCGUCCAGCUGAACAGGAAAAUCACCCGCGAAGUGAAACUUCUAUCGCGUCUGAACCACGAAAACGUGGUGCGGUAUUACAACGCGUGGAUUGAGACCACCACAGAGACUAUUGAAACGGAAGAUGCUAGCGUAAAGUCGCCUGAAGUGAGGAAGAAGCCAGGCGACAGUCUACAAGACGUGGUAGCCAAGCUUGGCCAAGAGAUCAAGGUGGAGUGGACGAUGUCAGAGAAAGCCAACCAGAAGAGACACACGUCUGAUAGUGAAGACUCGGAUGAUGAUGAUGAACCGGACCCUUGGUAUAAUAUUAUUGACCCCGAAAACGAGUCAAGCAGCGGCAUAGAGUUCGAAACGGACUCCCAGAACCAAUCAAUCACGGUGCCUUCAGAGAACGUUCCAGAAACGCCCCGCCCACAAUCAGUGCGUCUACACCAAGUGCUAUACAUACAGAUGGAGUUCUGCGAGAAACACACGCUGAGGCAAGCCAUAGACAAUGGUUUAAGCCAGGAGCAUUUCAGGGCGUGGAGGCUGUUUAGGGAGAUUGUUGAAGGACUAGCCCACGUGCACCAAAGAGGCAUGAUACACAGAGACUUGAAGCCGGUGAACAUUUUCUUGGACUCUAACGACCAUGUCAAGAUAGGCGACUUUGGCUUGGCAACGAAAGCUUUCACCGCGAUCCCCGUUGAUGAAAAAGCAAAGCAGGAAGAAAUUGGAGGAUCAUUGACUGGUCAGAUCGGCACAGCUCUCUACGUAGCUCCCGAGCUCCUCCAAGGCUCCGGAAAAGUAAUAUACAACCAGAAAGUGGACAUAUACUCCCUCGGGAUCAUCCUGUUCGAAAUGUUCCACCCACUAACCACGGGAAUGGAACGCAUGAUGGUGUUGACUGAAGUACGGACGAGAGAUAUUAGGCUGCCGGAGUCUUUUCUGAGAAGAGAGAACGCUAAGCAGAUUCAUGUCAUCAGAUGGCUCCUCGACCACGACGCUAGCCUCAGGCCUACAUGUGCAGAGUUAUUAGCAAGUGAGCACGUACCAAGGCCGGUCCCAGAGGGCGCUCUAUCUGGACUCCUGUCCCACACUCUCCAGGAUCGAGGGUCCAGAGGUUACCAACGGUUAAUAGGCGCGUGCUUAGAGCAGCGGUUAUCGGCGGCGGAAGACAUCACCUACCACGGAGACACGAAGACCAAGCCUUCUGAAGUACUGGCCGCUUUGAAAGAUACGGUCAUAAAGGUGUUCCGAACCCACGGAGCUACGGAGUUCUCGCCGCCCCUACUGAUGCCUCGGGCUAAGGGCUGGGACCAGUAUCCCAACGCUGUGAAGGUCAUGACGGCAUCUGGGUCAGUCUGUCACCUGCCUCAUGACUUGAGGUUGCCUUUUGCGAGGCACGUAGCAUACACUGGUACGAAAUACAUGCGUCGAUACGUAGUUGACAGAGUGUACAGGGAAAAACACGUGCCGGGCUUCCAUCCCAGAGAAAUUGUGGAGUGCGCGUUCGACAUCGUCACUCCUAGAUGUGAGUCCCUCUGGUCCGACGCGGAGUUGCUAGUGGUAGCAAGUAGAGCAGCAACAGACAGCGGCCUCAAAGUGGCCAUACAGUUGAACCACACCGAACUCUUGCGCACUCUGCUAAUGUCCUGCGGUGUGCCCGCAGACAAACACAACGAUAUGUACCCUGUGUUGGUGGAUGUUAGUUUUGGUCGCAUUACAAGUCUGCAACUCCAAACCCAUUUAACCUCCCUUUGCGUGUCAAACCGCGACAUGUCGACACUCGUCCGUCUAAUGGAAGCAGAAGUGGGAGUGCAUGAAGCUAGAGAACUGGUGACGCCUCUGGUCAAGCAAGCCAAGUGGGCCAAACUGGUCAGCAACGCUGUGAGGGACUUGGAAGCGGUCAGCAGGGAUGCACGAGCGUUAGGAUGCGAGUGCCCAAUGACGGUAGCGCCAUUCCUAGCGUACAACGCGACACAACACAGCGGUAUUUUCUGGCAGAUGUCAGUAUUGAGGGAUAACGACCACAAACCCGUGGCUAAGCAUCGCUCUGGAGACAUCAUAGCUGCUGGAGGAAGGUAUGAUGCAUUAGUAGAAGACUUCUGGAAGGUGUCGGGAACACAUAAAGAUCACGAGACCGCUCAGCUUUCGUGCACGUCAGUCGGGUUCUCAAUGUCGUUGGAGAGAAUGGCCGCCAUAUUGAAGAAGAUUGGCCCGGAAGAGCCGCUUGUUGUGAAGAAUUCUGAGUCUACUCUCAUCUGCGUUUGCAUGUGGGGCACCGCUGGCAGCGGCCGCGACGGCAUAGCAGCUGCUAAACGCGCCCAACUGGCCAGGGACCUAUGGGCGGCUGGCUACAACUGCUGUUCUUGGCCUUUGAGCAGCUCAGAAGCUCAUGAGCUGAGCCGCUCAGGCAUCGUGUUGUUGCAAGAUGACGCGUUCGUGAGGAUCGGCUGUUGGGGCAGUGACAGGGUUAGAGAACAUAAACUGCCAUACAUCGACGUAAUAGAUUUCAUCAAACAAAAACUCAACCCUGACAUUGCUCGGACUCCCGAAGGAAAUAAUCGGACCAUAAGCUGGAGUGAAUCAGAGAAAACUAACACUCCGAAUACAUCCGUCACCUUCAUCACCGCCAGUGAACGUAUGACUAAGAAUUCGAAGAGACACUGCGAGAAUCAGAUCUCAACCCAAAUAACCUCAAUCCUAGUAACGCUGGGUCUCCAGCCGUUACUGUCUCGCGUACGAGUCAGCGUUCUCGCUCUAGCGUGCGAAGCGGCGUGCGUCCGCAUGUUAGCGGCACACUUGACCGCUCCGCUAGAUGCAGGGGACUUAGCUGACGCGUUUAAACCGGUCUUUAGCAGCUUCUCCAAACGCCAGAAUAUUCUAGAAGAAGCGCUAAAAGAAUUGGCAACACUCGCCAAGCAAAACAAUCAGAAUCGGUCGCCAGAUGAAACACAUUUGUACGCGUUGUAUUCUAUACCAGACUCUUUAUGUAGGCUAAUUUACUAAUAAUAGCAACAAUACUUUUAGUAUUCUUUCUCGAGUCAAUUUUAAUUAAAUACAAUAAAGGCUGAACCAGAAAUACGUAAAAAUAUGUGCAUAAUUUACUAUAGAAAUUGUACGAUACCAAUUUCCUUGUUAUAAAACACAAAAGCUCUCUGUAUUUUUUUUUCUUUGAAAAGAACGCAUUUCUGGCCAUGCCUUGCCGUUGUUUUUAUUUUUAUUUUUAGCGUUAAUUUUAAGUAAUGAGUGAUUCAAAAUGUUGGAUGCCAAAUAGUUAUCCCAACGUUCAUUUUUUAUUUAAUGCAAAUAAAUGAAAUAUGCAUUUAAUAAUGUAUUGAUGUGUUUUAAUAAAAUGUUAUAAAAUGACGGCCUUAUAACUAUUGUUUUCUAUGUUUUUAAUUAAUUGACCUAAGAGAUUGUUACUACCGUCACUGUCACACAGUACAGUAUUAAAAAGUGUUGUGUAAUAUAAGCAAAUGGUAGUUAAUCAAGAAAGAAUAAAUUCAACUUGUCAGCUUUGAUUUUUUUGAUUCAAAUGCCUUUUUAAUUCAGUACACAUAUAAAAAAAUCCAUUAAAUGGAAACAUUGAGAUUUAAUAGGUACUAGGAUAGUUUUGUGCUGAAAAAUGGAAGCUAUACGUAAUGAGGGUUUUCGCGAUUGAAAAAUCCUCCAGAUGGCAAUACGUAGACGGGAGGUCCAAAUGCUGCAU